CCCAUCAUUUCCCGCGCUUUCGCGAAGAUGUCAGUUGUAGUAUCCGGUUUGAAGUGUGAGCUUAAGCGGAUGCUCGAAACCUCAUUGCGAUGAAAAGAGACGGAUUUCCAAUAAUUUUAUAAAAAAAAUACGUGAAACUAUUUAAACCGCAUAGUUGUUGUAAGCUUACGACCCUCGGUGGCCCGGAGUAUAAAUACAUCUCAGAUUGAGGCAUCUUAAUGGAUAGGUGAUGUGAACGUGCCUCUCACACGACGGAUAGACGUCUUUAUUACAUCGAUACACAGUCAUCCACUGCCAUGGAACUCAUGAUUUGUUUACUACUCGGAUUAAUCACUUCCGCUGGCGCAGUCUCCCCUCGAGAAAUGGAGGAACCCGGAGGGAUGCAAGUUGAUUCUCACGACUGGACUAAAGGUCACCAUACACUAGGGGAGAGGAACUCUAUUCCAAGAGGUUGUAGUGGAAAGCCAGCAGACAUAUUCAUGAUAUUCGACACAUCAGGGGAGAUAACUCCAAGGCAAUUAGCGAAACAGAAGAAAUAUGCCAUUGACUUAUUACGAGUAUUUAAUUUAGGUGACAAAGACACUCGCAUCAGUGUUGUGACGUAUAUUGAUGACGUCAUGAAUAUUUCAUCAUUUGACGAUGGCUCAUCCAUUCAGAACGUCUCGUCCACUAUCAUGAAUGACAUUCCACAAGACCCCGCAGGUCCUUGUAAAAUCGACAAAAUGUUGAAGUUCAUUGCAACUGACGGGUUCUCAGAUUCAAACGUCAGGCGUGAGGUUGCUCACAUCGCCAUGUUAUUUGUGGGCAACACAAUAACUAAUAAAAAGCAAGCAAAGCGGCAAGCAAACGAAGCGAGGGGUAAGGGAAUCUACCUUUACACACUAGGCCAGCCAUCGUCCAACAGAAAGCAGCUCUCUUUAGUCUCUUCCCGCCCUGCUAGGACAUUCGUAUUUACUGACGGAGAUGACAACAUUGUCCAGUCCCUGACACAUCUGCUGACGAUACAUCUGUGCGAAUUCCAGAUCGAGCAGCCAGCCAACCUCCGCAGACUAACCCAAUGUCACGUCAACAGACCGGUGGAUUUGAUAUUUUCGGUGGACGAAAUCAACAUUGGAGGUAGAAAUGCCCAGAAAAUAUUUCAUUUGAUAGAAUUCUUGAUGUCAAAUAUAAACAAUCCAAGCAAUGGACUGAGAGUUGGCCUUGUAAACAGUAAAAUAAACUACAAAAACGUUGGAAGAGGACUCAGUUCAGUGGAAGAAUUCAACAACAAAAUCAGCAGUGUUGCUGUUUCCGAUCAUGGUGACGUCAUCAAGCGGGCACGGCGCAUGCUCAGACGGGGUCGACUACAUGUUCAAAAGACAAUUAUACAUUUUGUUGACAGCAAUGUUGAUAUUACGAAGCAUGCACUAUUCGAAGCAAGGAAAAAUAAGAAAGUAAAACUUGAAACAUUCGUUAUUGCUACUGGACAAGGGUUAGACCAGAGUACACUGGAAAAGAUAGCCAGUCAGCAUAGCUCCCAACAUGUGUUUCGUGUACACGACUACCACAUGAUGGCCUCCGAGGGACCAAAGAUAUUAAGUACAAUAUGCGCGUCAUGGUAACAUGGAAAGAUUGAACUGUCCAUCUUGCAAGCUCGUAAGACUUAAGUGCUGUGGUUUAACGCUGUUACGUAAGCUUCCAUAAUAAGAUUGACGCGGUUACAUCAAUUAUCAAUUGGUGGUGUAUCUUUCAAAACAGUCGACCUUAACCCUGCAUUACCAGAUUGAAAAAAAUAUGGGGUUAGUGACAUCCUUUUCAAUAUCUUAAUGUGUGUUUUAGGACCAAUUUGAUUUCCUUUCCUAUUCUUGUUUCCUCUUGGUUGGUUCUUAGUAUUGCUGACGAGUCCUAAAUGGAUGUAUAACAAUAUUAUAAUGUUUGUUGGUUUAUACUGUAUCAUACAAUUAAUUUAUAUGAAGAGGUAAACAAAUGUACAAUUAACGUGUGUGUCUUUGUAAUGAAUCCACGCAAUAUCAAUUUGAUUUUGGCAACGUUGAUAAAAAAAACCCCAUCUAUGUAUAUACAAUUAAUAUUAUAUUCAAUUCAAGCUUCCCCUUGACUAUGCGUUGUUAUGACGCUGUACGCAUGCCUCGGAGUUCUCAGUAACCUUCACCUCGCUUCCAUUAGGUUUAACCUAAAGGUCAAUAAAGCUGUGUGUACAUGGUUUAAUGACCUGUGUUUAUAGGGUCUUCAGUAUCGGGAAUGUUAUAUAUUUAUAUUCUGUGUGUUAUGACAGAUAUUGUGUAAAGAUAAUUGCUUUGGUUUGGUUCGGUUUGUUAAACGUCCAAUUAACAGCCAUGGUUAUUUAAGGACGUGCCAGGUUUGGGAGGUGGAGGAAAGCCGGAGUACCCUACGGUCAGUACCUAGCAACUGCCCCACGUAGGUUUCGAACCCGCAACCCAGAGUAAUAAAGUGUCGGGACACCUUAACCACUAGGCCACCGCGGUAAAGAUAAUUGCGGCAGUAUUAGUGAUGUGACUAACUUUAUAUAGAAAUUGAUACUUAAAACUAUAAUGUAGGCGAACUUUACAGUUUACGAAGGGCGAGAUAGAGGAAAUGUUGUUCAUCGAAUCUGUGCUCUUCAUAGGUUUACUGGGUUUGAAGACAGAGUUGAAUCCUCUUUAGAGUACAAGUGGUAUGCCAACAAUUCUAAAGAAGUUUUAAUAUACAAAAACAUACUGAUGCAUUGUUUUAAGUGUUCUUACAAUAUUUAAUAAUGUGCUAUGCGGUUUAUAUGUGCGCUGUUCAUAUUUGAUGAUGUUGAACAAACAAUGAAAUAAAGUCUUCUAUAAACUUGACAUGGUGCUCAUAUUUACCACAUGUAUCAUGCAAACCUAGCUUAUUUUCAGUUGGAAAUGAUGUAAUUUGGAAAUACUUAAAUUGAAAUUAAUAGAUUAAAGUAUCCUGUCCAUUUACAAUUUAAACGUGUAUUACGUUGGAAACUAUGGUUAUGCUUAAAUCUGUCUAAUGGGCUUCGUCAAGUCGCAUUCCCCUUAUAUAACGUGAAGCAUGAAAUGGGUUUAUUGAGCGUAGUCAAGACAACAAUUACCAUAUGAUUACAUAUGCUUGGCUGUCAAUCUGUGUCAGUCAAAGUCAAUAUAAAUGCCAUCCAUAAACAGACCAAUAGCUACAUUCGCUUACCAUACAUUUCCUCUGUAUAAUGCAAAUGUAAAAAAUAACGUUUAUUCUGACAGAUAUACGUUAUCGGCAGCCUUAUCUGUUGGUCGGAAAAGCUAUCGUGCCUGGUGUUCUAGUACUGUAUCAAUCGGUAUAAUUAUGAUGCCUUAACGGUCAUGCGAGCAAAGGCAUUUACGCUCUGACAAAUGUCACUUCUGUUUAUGUAAGGGAAAUGUCAAGCAAAUAUACAUUCACAUCUCGCUCCCAUUUAACACGUUAAACUCUGACUGCGUUUAAAUUAACGUUUUUGAACCAAUAAAACGAGGCUCUACGUACUCUUUAUGGAGUGCUGUCGCGCACUUUGAAUUAUGUUAGUUACCAACUGCGUUCGCAUUACCGUAUUUUGAUGAAAAAAGUCCUUAAAUGAAUAAAAUUAUUUUGUAUUUGUUAUGACUUUAUAUUAUUGUGGCUUAAGAAAGGGCAUUAUGUACCUAAAUUUAUUUAUCCUCGUUAUAUAAUGUACACGAGUGUUUAUGUAUGAUACGUAACUUAUUUCAUAAUACCGACAAUGAGGACACAAUUAUUUGUCAUAAACAAGACAGAAAAAUGAACGAAAUAUCAACCAAUGUUAAGAAAAAUAUCUUAUCAACACAAAUAAAUGAUCAACAAAAAUAAAUGACAAAGUAAUGGGCGUCCUUAAGGGAUCGCUUGUAAGGCAAAAAGAAACACAAAAUGUAUAGCAUUUCUUCCGGAUACGAUUAAUGAGUUAUAGACUUUGAAUUAAAACGAUAAAUAAUGCUCAAUCUAUAGUAGGGUGGUAAUAGUUUUAAGUAUGUAGCCUCUGGUAUUGUAUGAAUUAUACCACGGCCCAUUCUCCUGUUCCAUUGUUCAUAAUUAAUCUUUUUUUUUGGAGAUGUAACUUCAUGAAAUGUCAUUUAAAAAUAAUAAAACAUCUGAAAUAUA